AUGAGUCUUUCCCCAGGCCGGCACCGGUGGGUCGUCUACACGACUGAGAUGAACGGCAGAGACACGUUCUGGGAUGUGGAUGGGAGCAUGGUGCCUCCUGAGUGGCAUCGCUGGCUGCACUGCAUGACGGACGAGCCUCCCACGACAAAGCCACCCACCGCUCGGAAGUUCAUCUGGACGCGGCACAAGUUCAACGUGAGCGGCACCCCAGAGCAGUAUGUGCCUUUCUCCACCACGAGAAAGAAGGUCCAGGAGUGGGUCCCGCCAUCCACGCCGUCCACGUAGAGGGUGUGGGGCCGCGGAGACAGCAGCCCACGCCUGUGCCACGUGUGCACGCCUGCCCAUUAAACGUGUUUGCCCAAGCG